CUCCCUUAUCUUUGCCUGUCUCUCUCGCUCUGAGUCAUUCCUGGUUGUGAGUGUUAAGAUGGUUAGAAGCUAUGAUGGAAGCGAGUCAGAUGACGACAGCUCUCAUUUCGAGCGAGGUGUAGACCAUAUCUACGAAGCAUUCAUCUGUCCCUUGACAAAGGAAGUCAUGCACGACCCCGUAACCUUAGAGAACGGACGAACAUUUGAGCGUGAAGCUAUUGAGAAAUAUUUCAAGGAGUGUCAGGAAAGUGGUAAACCUCCGUCUUGCCCUUUAACUUCUCAGGAGCUGAGUAGCGCCGACGUGAGUCCCAGCAUUGCUCUGCGUAACACUAUAGAAGAGUGGAGUUCAAGGAACGACGCUGUGAAGCUCGACGUCGCUCGCCACGCGCUGUUUCUAGGAAAUGCCGAGAGUGAUAUUUUGCAAGGUUUGAUGAAUGUGAGACAAAUUUGUAGAAGCAUACGAUCGAAUAGGAAAAGUGUGCGUAACUCUCAGCUUAUACGUAUGAUCAUCGACGUCCUGAAAAGUAAUAGUCAUAAAGUUAGGUAUAAGGCUUUACAAACACUUCAAGUUGUUGUUGAAGGAGAUGAGGAGAGCAAGGCGAUACUAGCUGAAGGGGAUACUGUGCGUACACUUGUUAAGUUCUUGUCACAAGAGCCAUCAAAGGGGAGGGAGGCAGCUGUUUCGUUGGUUUUUGAGCUCUCAAAAUCUGAAGCUUUGUGCGAGAAGAUUGGUUCGGUUAAUGGAGCGCUUAUCUUGUUGGUUGGUUUGACAAGCAGCAACUCGGUGAACGUGUCGAUUGUUGAGAAAGCUGAUAGAACAUUGGAGAACAUGGAGAGGUCUGAGGAAGUUGUUAGGCAGAUGGCUUCUUAUGGUAGACUCCAGCCUCUUCUAGGCAAAAUCCUUGAAGGUUCACCUGAAACAAAACUCUCCAUGGCCACUUUUCUUGGGGAGCUUUCCUUAAACAAUGAUACAAAGGUUCUUGUGGCUCAGAGAGUUGGUUCUUCUCUAGUUGAUCUUAUGAGAAGUGGUGACAUGCCUCAACGAGAAGCUGCCCUGAGAGCUCUCAACAACAUCUCAUCUUACGAAGGGAGUGCCAAAGUUCUGAUCACCAUAGGGAUACUCCCUCCACUUAUCAAAGACCUCUUCUACGUAGGACCAAACAACCUCCCCAUCCGGUUAAAAGAAGUCUCAACCACUAUUCUCUCUAACAUAGUCAACAUAGGAUACGACUUUGACAAAGCCACUCUUGUUUCAGACAACAGAGUUGAGAAUCUCUUGUAUUUGAUCAGCAACACUGGUCCAGCUAUCCAAUGCAAGCUCUUGGAGGUUCUUGUCGGACUCACCACGUGUCAAAAAACAGUCACACAUGUUGUCUCUGCUAUUAAAACCUCUGGAGCAAUUAUCAGUUUGGUUCAGUUUGUUGAGGUUAAAGAGAACAAUGAUUUGCGUUUGGCUUGCGUAAAGCUUCUUCAUAAUCUCUCACCAUUCAUGAGUGAGGAGCUAGCCGACGCGUUACGUGGCACUUCUGGACAGCUGGAUAGUCUUGUUGCAAUCAUUUCAGAGAAGAUACCAAUCUCUGAAGAGCAGGCUGCAGCCGCUGGACUAUUAGCUGAAUUGCCAGAGAGGGACUUGGCUCUGACUCGUGAGAUGUUAAGCAUCGGUGCUUUUGAGAAAAUCAUCACCAAAGUGAUGGGAAUACGCCAAGGGGAGAUCAAAGGGAUGAGGUUUGAGAGAAACUUUCUAGAAGGUCUUGUGCGUAUACUCUCUAGGGUUACUUUUGCAUUCAAUGAAGAGACUCGAGCUAUUACGUUUUGCCGUGAGUACAACGUUACUUCUCUAUUCAUUAAUCUGCUUCAAUCCAACGGUCAAGACACUAUUCAGAUGUUUUCCGCUAUGGCUUUAGAGAAUCUUUCACUAGAGUCUGUUAACUUAUCACACAUGCCUGACCUGCCUCCUCCAAGCUGUGGCUCAAUCUUUUCAUGUAUGAGCAGACCACCCGUUGUCACUGGUCUUUGCAAGAUCCAUCACGGAGUAUGUUCUUUAAGAGAAACGUUUUGUCUCGUGGAAGGAGAAGCUGUGGAGAAACUAGUGGCUUUGCUAGACCAUGAGAAUGAUAAAGUGGUCGAGGCCUCACUUGCAGCUCUCUCGAGCUUGUUACAAGAUAGUUUAGAUGUGGAGAAAGGGGUGAAGAUACUCGAUGAAGCUGACGGGAUAAGGCAUGUGCUGAACGUUCUGACGGAGAACAGAACAGAGAAGGUGACGAGGAGAGCGGUUUGGUUGGUGGAAAGGAUCUUGAGGAUUGAAGACAUAGCGAGAGAGGUCGCUGAACAACCUAACGUGAGCGCUUCGCUUGUGGACGCUUUUCAAAACGGUGAUUUUAGGACGCGGCAAAUCGCUGAGAACGCGUUGAAACAUUUAGACAAGAUCCCGAACUUCUCAGGUAUAUUCCCAAACAUGGCAUAG